UAGGUAGGAAGCACAAUUUAUACAACCUUUACAAGAAAAUAAUUAUGAAGGGAAAAUUAGAUUGUUAUUGAUUAUUGUAAAGAAGAACUUUUGGUGAAGCAUUCAAAAAACUAGAAAGUGUCCGAAAAUCGUAAGAUGCCUGUUCCUCAGAAGUCAGAAUUGGUUGAACACCAAGAAAUGCUUCGUCUAGUACUGUAUUUGAGAAUGCAGAGGGAAAAAGAAAGAAGUGAUUGCAGGCCCCGGCCCCGGCCCCAUUCCAACAUAAGAAAAGUUUUUUGGUAAUUAUGUCCCGAUAUGGGUCCUUUAUCAUCGAAAAGACAUCACACUUCCUUUUGCAAAUUCAAAGAGUAAAAUGGUAAUGUCCUCAAGCGUACGCAUGCAUUUCUUGAUGCCUGGUGCGCAUAUAAAUUAUGCCACUCUCCACUCCUACGCAAUCUCUCUCCCUCUCUCUCUCUCUCUCUCUCUCGGAGCAUAAGUACCUCACCUCAAAAACCAAAAGCCAUAAACAUUCCCCUUUUCUUCAGUUAGCCGUCAGACUCGAAAGGCAGAACCAAAUGCGACCACUACUAGAACCAGCAACAGUAGCUCCACAUGAAAUACACCUCUCCCCACCACUCGCCGCCCCAACAACAACAUCAAGAUGUGAGCCACAUGGCUGCAAGUGGCAACCUUACUCCAACUCGGGAGAUUUUGAAGCAAACGCGGCCGUGAUUUUCAUCGUCCUCCUCUGCGCACUCAUAUGCGCUCUGGCUCUCAAUGCCGCCAUCCGCUGCUUCCUACGCGGCGGCCAUCACCCACCAGUACCUGACACCCUUCACCAAAACCACCAGCAGCAGCAACAACAACAACAAAUUCAUAAUCAGCAAAAGAGUAACCUCGAGAAAGAUGCAGCUGAUGAUCCAUUGGCAGCAGCUCCCACGCUGGUGUUCUCUGCUGGGAUGAAGCUGGCUGGGGCUGAGGCCGAGUGUGCCAUUUGCUUGUCGGAGUUCAUGGAGGGAGAGGGAAUUCGGGUGCUGGGAAGGUGUAAGCAUGGGUUCCACGCGCAGUGCAUCGAGAUGUGGUUCUCCUCCCACUCUUCCUGCCCCACUUGCCGUGGAAGCUGUCUCCCUGCCUCUCCAUCUGCCCAACAAGCUUCCGAGCACUGCCAAAGCAAUAGCAUCCAGCAAAGCCUCCCAAUUGCCAGUGGAACUCUCGUAUGAUUACCCUUCGGAAGUAUACAUGUGUGCUAGCUAUCUAGCCAGCAACUAAGAGUAUUAAUUAAUAAUUUCUCAUGUUUUCUUUUUCGUGGAGUAAUUUAUAUGCAAUAUCUAUGGCUACCAACUAUAUAGUACAUAUAGUCUUAAGCUCUC